CCAAUACUACUUAAAACGCACUACGUACAAAGCCCUUAAGCCUCAAACCCAUCUUCUCUUUUCUCUUCCUCUCGCUCUCUCUCUCUCCGGCCAUGGCUCCGACCUCAUCCCAGCAGCUGCUCCAGAGCUUCCGGUCCUCCAACCUCGAGGAAGAGGUAAGCUCGGAGCUCGAGGAGAUUCUAUCGGACACCCAAACGCCGUACCACCGGCGGCUGAGCGCCGCCACGAGAGUCGAGCUCGGGUUGCUCUUCAACCUGGCCGCGCCGGCCAUCAUCGUCUACCUCCUCAACAGCGUCGUCUCCAUGUCCACCCAGAUCUUCUGCGGCCACCUCGGCAACCUCGAGCUCGCCGCCGUCUCCCUCGGCAACACCGGCAUCCAAGUCUUCGCCUACGGCCUCAUGCUCGGGAUGGGAAGCGCGGUGGAGACGCUCUGCGGGCAAGCCUACGGAGCCAGCAAGUACGAGAUGCUCGGAAUCUACCUCCAGCGGUCGACGAUCCUCCUCGUCAUCACGGCGCUGCCACUGAUGGCGGUCUACAUCUUCUCCAGGCCGAUCCUGAUCCUGCUCGGCCAGUCGCCGGAGAUCUCCUCCGCCGCCGCGAUCUUCGUGUUCGGCCUCAUCCCGCAGAUCUUCGCCUACGCGGCCAACUUCCCCAUCCAGAAGUUCCUCCAGUCGCAGAGCAUCAUCGCCCCCAGCGCGUACAUCGCACUCGCCGCGCUGGCGGUCCACCUGCCGCUGACGUGGCUCGCCGUGUUCAGGUGGGGGUGGGGCCUGCUCGGGGCCGGGCUGACCCUCAGCUUCACGUGGUGGCUGAUUGUGGCGAUGCAGUUUGUGUACAUAGUGACGAGCAACCGGUGCCGGAAGACGUGGCGGGGUUUUAGCGUCCAGGCGUUUUCCGGUCUCUGGGGGUUUUUCAGGCUCUCCGCCGCCUCCGCCGUCAUGCUGUCGUUGGAGUUGUGGUACUUCCAGAUCUUGGUCCUCAUCGCCGGGUUGCUGCCCGACCCGGAGAUCGCCCUCGAUUCGCUCUCCGUCUGCAUGGCGAUUUUUACGUGGGUUUACAUGAUCUCCGUUGGGUUCAACGCCGCUGCCAGUGUCCGAGUGAGCAACGAGCUAGGAGCAGGGCACCCGAAGGCGGCGGCGUUCUCGGUGGUGAUCGUGACGUGGUCGUCGUUCAUUGUCGGGGUGGUCGCCGCCAUCCUGGUGAUGGCAUUCCGCGACGUGCUGAGCUAUGCGUUCACCGAAGGUGAGGUCGUGGCGGCGGCGGUGUCGGAACUCAGCCCCUUCCUGGCGGCGACUCUCGUCUUGAACGGCAUCCAGCCGGUUCUCUCCGGCGUGGCCGUGGGAUGCGGAUGGCAAGCAUUCGUGGCGUAUGUCAACGUUGGUUCUUACUACGUCGUUGGUGUUCCCAUUGGGAUUCUCUUCGGCUUCACGUUCAAUUUGGGAGCUAAGGGCAUAUGGUCAGGGAUGAUCGGAGGCACCUUCUUGCAAACAUUGAUUCUGAUUUGGAUCACUUAUAGGACCGAUUGGAAUGUCGAGGUACGUACUAGCUAAGUUUGUUCUAGUUUCACAUUGCAUCUAUUAUCUAUAUAUUAGUACGAGAAAGAGCUUUUGCGACGAGAAAAAAAAAAAGAGAAGGAAAACAGUCAGCCCCCGAGCUUUUCUUUGGUCACCAAAAGUUUUUUUCCCCGUUUUGGUGCUUAAAUUGCGGGAGCCAAACGGGGUCCAUAAAUUGUGGGACCAAAAUUUUCCCCAUUAGUGGGCCUUGACUUUGUACAGACUGACAGAAGGACAGGCCAUUAUUCUUAGUGGCGGUAGGGUUUUUGGGUAAUUUUUGUUUUUUACCAUUAAGCCCAUUCUAGAUUCCUUGAUGUGGGCCAGUACGGAGAUGGGCCUCUAGCUAUUGAAUUAUUAAAGCGAAUUUUAGUUUUUAUCCAUUAUGGGCCGGCAGUAUUUUCGGACAGGACUCCUGGGCCCAAUCUCUUUAGACUUGCAACUUGAUAUGAACGUUGUUUAUCUUCAUAACCAUCAAUCCAUCAUGAGUGACUCAUGCCCAAAAUUGUUUGAUAGGGUUGCAAAAUUACUUCGGGUUUUUCUUUUCCUGGUUAAUCGAAAAUCUAACCCGUGAACUGUCUUAUCAUUUUUCAUGAUAUGUUAUAAAUUUGUUACGAUUGAGAGUUUAUACUCAUGUGUUCGUCAUCUAAUAUUUUUUCCUCUCAACUUUGACACAUUUCUAAAUCACAACAUAUCAUCUUCUGAUCUGUCACGAACCUGCAUGCCUCUACUUUGGUUUAUCAUAGUUUCGCCUAAAUCGAAGAGUUUGACACAUCAAGUCAUCAAUCCAAAUAAAUUUCACUCUAAAAUUAAAAUUCAAACACGAGACUUUUUCUAUCACAUAGAUAGGUGAUGCUCUUACACCAUCCUGUUCUUUCAUGUUAUAGUGUGUGUAUUCUUGAGCUUAAACUUGAUUUGGUUUUCUUAUUUUUUUCAGGUGGACAGGGCCAAGGAAAGGCUAACAAAGUGGGAUGAUAAAAAGGAAUCUGUCCCGGAGAACCAAGAAAGAUUGUUGUCCUCUUAGGUGUACAGAAAUCAAGCAGCAUAUAUAUGCCUGCAAUUUCUUCCCUCCAAUGAGUGAGGAGUGAUCUUUCUUCAUGUAAUCGAUCACCUA